AUGGCCUCCGCUCCCGCAACGGUUGACCACGUCCCCGCCGACAACAUUGCCUCGUCGGAAGACACCAAGCCUUCCAAGCAGGACAUUAACCCCUGGUCAGUAUCGGGCGAGGUUGGUGACGACGGAAAGGUCAAGGCCAUUGACUAUACCAAGCUCAUUGACGAGUUUGGCACCAGCAAGAUUGACGAUGCACUGCUUCAGCGCUGGGAGAAGGUCACCGGCCAGAAGCCUCACAGGUUUAUGCGCCGUGGUAUUUUCUUCAGUCAUCGUGAUUUGCACAUGAUUCUGGACCGCUAUGAGAAGAACGAGCCCUUCUUUUUGUAUACUGGUCGUGGACCUAGCAGUGACAGCAUGCACAUUGGACACACUCAAGUGUUUGACUUCGUCAAGUGGCUGCAGGAGACGCUCGAUGUCCCUCUAAUUGUCAUGUUGACAGAUGACGAAAAGUAUCUCUUCUCCGAGAAACGGACUGUGGAAGAGGUUAUGGGAUACAGCAGGACCAAUGCCAAGGACAUUAUUGCCGCCGGCUUUGACCCCAACAAGACAUUCAUCUUCUCCGACUUUGCCUACGUUGGAGGCGCAUUCUACAAGAACAUUGUUCGAUUCGCCAAGAGAGUCACAUACAACACUGCCAAGGCGAUUUUCGGUUUCGAUGGCAGCUCAAAUAUCGGCAAGAUUCACUUUGCCAGCAUCCAAGGCGCCACGUCAUUCGCAUCUUCAUUCCCUCACAUCUUUGGUGAUGACGAGAAGAAGACCAGCUCUAUUCCCUGUUUGAUCCCGUGUGCCAUCGACCAGGACCCUUACUUCCGAUUGACCAGAGAUUGUGCCCAAGGUCUCAAGUUUGCCAAGCCAGCUCUGAUCCAUAUGCGAUUCUUGGAUGCUUUGCAAGGGCCUGGGUCAAAAAUGUCGGCCAGUGAUGACAACUCCGCUAUUUUCCUAAGCGACACGGCUAAGCAGAUCAAGAACAAGAUCAACAAAUAUGCAUUCUCGGGCGGUCGGGAGACCCUGGAGGAGCACCGCGAAAAGGGCGGCAAUGCUGAUGUCGAUGUUGCGUAUCAAUAUCUCACUUUCUUCCUAGAGGAUGAUGAUGAGCUCAAGAGAAUCAAGGACGAAUACACUAGUGGCAAAUUGCUCACCGGCGAGCUUAAAGCGAUUUGCAUCGAACACCUCCAAAAAUACGUCGGCACUUUCCAAGAACGACGAUCAAAAGUCAGCGAUGCCGUGGUUGACGAAUUCAUGUCGGUCCGCCCUCUGGAAUGGAAAGGCAACCCACGGGUUCCUCGAGCAGACCUCGUCGUGCCAGUCACCGGGGCCGCCGACGGUGCUACCCCUGCCGGCGACGCAGCUGGCGCUGGUGAGCUAAGUAAGAACGCAAUGAAGAAGCUUCUCAAGGAACAGCAAAUCGCCGCCAAGAAGGCCCAAAAAGCAAAGGAAAAGGAAGCCGCCACAGAGGGAGGAAUUGGAGCAUAG